UUCUUUCCAACUAAUCAAUCACCCAAAAAAAAGAAAAAGAAAAAUCCGCUCCGAGUUUUCAUAAGCUUUCACGUUCAAAUAGAAGGAUCUAGAAACCCUAAUAUAUUACCCCCUAUAAAACUCCCUCCUUCCCCACUCUCAUUCCGCCUCUUACUCCUUAAACCCUAACCUCCCAUUCUCCUUUCCUCAGUUCUCUCUCCUCAAUUCAAAGUCGAUCUACAAGGUCAGAGAAUCCGUAACAAUGGUGGAAGCCGAGACGUUUGCCUUCCAAGCUGAGAUCAACCAGCUUCUUAGUCUCAUCAUCAACACUUUCUACAGCAACAAGGAGAUCUUUCUUCGUGAGCUUAUCAGUAACUCUUCCGAUGCUUUGGAUAAGAUCCGUUUUGAGAGCUUGACCGACAAAAGCAAGCUCGAUGCUCAGCCAGAGCUCUUUAUCCAUAUUGUCCCAGACAAGACCAACAACUCUCUGUCAAUCAUUGACAGUGGUAUUGGAAUGACCAAGGCUGAUUUGGUGAACAACCUGGGUACCAUUGCCAGGUCUGGAACAAAGGAAUUCAUGGAAGCUUUGUCAGCUGGAGCUGAUGUCAGUAUGAUUGGUCAGUUUGGUGUGGGUUUCUACUCUGCAUACCUUGUUGCAGAGAAGGUUAUUGUCACAACAAAGCACAACGAUGAUGAACAAUACGUAUGGGAAUCUCAAGCUGGUGGUUCCUUCACAGUGACCAGGGACCCUGGGGAGUCCAUUGGCAGGGGUACAAAAAUUACUCUCUUCCUUAAGGAGGACCAACUUGAGUACCUUGAAGAGCGUCGCCUCAAGGAUCUUAUCAAGAAGCACUCUGAGUUCAUCAGCUACCCUAUUUCUCUAUGGACCGAGAAGACCAUUGAGAAGGAGAUAUCUGAUGACGAGGACGAAGAAGAGAAGAAGGAUGAGGAAGGUAAAGUAGAGGAUGUCGAUGAGGAAAAAGAGAAAGAAGAGAAGAAGAAAAAGAAGAUCAAGGAGGUCUCUAAUGAAUGGACUGUUGUUAACAAGCAAAAGCCAAUCUGGAUGAGGAAGCCAGAAGAGAUCACCAAGGAGGAGUAUGCUGCUUUCUACAAGAGUCUCACCAACGACUGGGAAGAGCAUUUGGCAGUGAAGCAUUUCUCUGUUGAGGGUCAGUUGGAGUUCAAGGCUGUCCUCUUUGUGCCUAAGAGAGCACCUUUUGAUCUCUUUGACACCAAGAAGAAGCCUAACAACAUCAAGCUAUACGUUCGUCGUGUCUUCAUCAUGGACAACUGUGAAGACUUGAUCCCAGAGUACCUCAGCUUUGUUAAGGGUAUUGUUGAUUCUGAGGAUCUUCCUCUUAACAUCUCCAGAGAGAUGUUGCAGCAGAACAAGAUCUUGAAGGUGAUCAGGAAGAAUCUUGUCAAGAAGUGUGUUGAGCUUUUCUUUGAAAUUGCUGAGAACAAGGAAGACUACAACAAAUUCUACGAAGCUUUCUCUAAGAAUUUGAAGUUGGGAAUCCACGAGGACUCCACAAACAGGACCAAGUUCGCUGAGUUGUUGAGGUACCACUCGACCAAGAGUGGUGAGGAGAUGACCAGCCUUAAGGACUACGUUACAAGAAUGAAGGAGAGCCAGAGUGAGAUUUACUACAUUACUGGUGAGAGCAAGAAGGCUGUUGAGAACUCACCCUUCCUCGAGAAACUUAGGAAAAAGGGGUACGAAGUCCUCUACAUGGUUGAUGCCAUUGAUGAGUAUGCCGUUGGUCAGCUCAAGGAGUUUGAGGGAAAGAAGUUGGUCUCUGCUACCAAGGAGGGUCUAAAGCUUGAGGAGAGCGAAGACGAGAAGAAGAAGGCCGAAGAACAGAAGGAGAAAUUUGAGGGUCUAUGCAAGGUCAUCAAGGACGUCCUAGGCGACAAGGUUGAAAAAGUUAUUGUUUCUGACCGUGUUGUUGACUCUCCUUGCUGUUUGGUCACCGGUGAGUACGGCUGGUCUGCUAACAUGGAGAGGAUCAUGAAGGCACAAGCUUUGAGGGAUUCCAGCAUGGCUGGUUACAUGUCGUCUAAGAAGACCAUGGAGAUCAACCCCGAGAACCCCAUCAUGGACGAGCUGAGGAAGAGGGCUGAUGCUGACAAGAACGACAAGUCUGUUAAGGACUUGGUUCUUCUUUUGUUCGAGACUGCCCUUUUGACCUCUGGUUUCAGCCUUGACGAGCCAAACACUUUCGGAAACCGUAUUCACAGGAUGUUGAAGCUUGGUCUGAGCAUUGACGAUGAUGAAGGUGAAGCUGAUGUCGACAUGCCUGCACUUGAGGAGGUCGAUACCGAGGGAUCCAAGAUGGAGGAGGUCGACUAAGCUUGAUGGUGGUGGUUUCUACUUUCUAGCUUUUUAUCAGGAAUUAUUUAGUGGUAGUAGUCUUUUUUAAUACGCUAUCUUUGUCGUUGCCCCUGUUUAAUGUGAGUGAGUGAGGUCUUUUGAACAAUGGGAAUUUUUUUGGGUGGCAAGCUGUGCCAUGUUUUAUUGGGGCCUUUUGUUUAGAUUUGACUAAAGACAAGUGAUUAGCACAUUUUAAUCGAUCUAUAUAGUUUUGUUUUGCGUA